CCCUCUCUCUCUCUCUCUCUCUCUCUCUCUCUCUCUCUGUGUCGUGGCACGUGCUCUCGCGUUCCUGGCUAGCUCAUCAAGGUUCUCCAUGCAUGCAUUAAUGGAGGAUCUAAAACUACGUCUCACAUCCAAUCAUGUAGAGUCUCCGGCGAGAUCUUCAGGUACGCCUCCUCCACUUGCGACGCCCCGCCACUCGUCCCUCGUCCAACCAUCCCAGAAAAAGAAGCGCAAGACUAAAGCACUCAGAGUCUUUCGCUCUGUCUUCCGAACUUUCCCGAUCAUAGCGCCAACGACAUGCAAGAUGGGGUCGAUCCCGCUCGGUAUACCGGACUCUCAUCACACCAGCAGCGGCACCCGAGUCACCGGCACCCUGUACGGAUACCGUAAAGGACGUGUAAGCCUGUCCGUGCAGGAAACCCCGAGGUGUCUUCCCACGUUGGUGGUUGAGCUAGCCAUGCAGACAAACGUGUUACAAAAGGAGAUGAGCUUGGGGAUGGUCAGGAUUGCUCUUGAAUGCGAGAAGAGAUCUGACAAGGACAAGACGAGGCUCUUGGACGAGAUCUUGUGGACAUUGUAUUGCAAUGGGAAAAAGAGUGGCUAUGGGGUUAAGAGAGAGGCUACGGAGGAGGAUUUGAAUGUAAUGGAGCUCCUCAAGCCCGUGUCAAUGGGUGCCGGUGUUCUACCUGGGAAUUCUGAGGUCGAAGGGCCGGACGGCGAGCUCGCAUACAUGCGUUCCUAUUUCGAACACGUCGUGGGUUCCAAGGAUUCCGAGACACUGUACAUGUUGAGCCCGGACGGGAACAAUGGACCUGAGCUUAGUAUUUUCUUUGUGAGGAUUUGACCAUUAAGUUAACGUUCAAGGUUGAUUGAUUAAUAUAUAUGAGUUACAGAGAGCUAACUAUACUUGAAGUGAUCA